AUGUCGUCCAGAAAAUGUUAUUUCUUCAACAAGAACAACAACGUGAAAAUUUAUUUGCCUCACAACGUGAAAACAACACUGGGACGCAGCGUUGAAACGAAAAUCGAAGACAAAUUCGUCUCGAAACAACAAAUCGAAUGUUUGGCCGAUUUGGAGAAUUGCACGGUGAAAAUCAAACCGAUAGGAAAAGCGAUAUCGGGAGUGGACGGGUACGCGAUCGUUAAAGGUAAAACUUACACAUUAGGACCCGGACACGUGGUGGAAUUUCGUUUGGGGGCCCAUUUUUUCGAAAUAAAUUUCGAUUGCCCCGAUACGAAAAAACACGAACACGUAACCAAAAAACAAAAAUUAGACUUCGAAACCAAAGAAAGCGAUAAAUGGGAAAUCAUCGAUAAUAAAGGAUUACUAAUUUACACCCCACAACAUAUACAGGGUCGUCAAAAAAUAGCCGCGUUCGACAUCGACGGUACCAUCAUAAAAACCAAAUCCGGUGCUAAAUUUCCGAAAGAUUUCGACGAUUGGGUACUGAAUUAUAAUGAUAUACCUCAAAAAUUACAAAUUUUAUACGAGGGAGGGUACAAAAUAACCUUUUUCACCAACCAAGCAGGUAUCGGUAAAGAUACGACCAAAAUAAAAAAUUUCAAAACGAAAAUGGAAAAUUUGGUCAAGAAAUUAUCGAUUCCUGUACAAAUAUUCGUCGCUUUAGGUAAAACCAAAUACAGAAAACCGAUACCGGGGAUGUGGGAUAAGUUGGUACAAGAAAAAAACGAUAAAAUCGAUGUCGAUUUAAAAGAAUCGUUUUACGUUGGAGACGCCGCUGGGAGGGAGAAAAAUUGGUCUCCGAAGAAACCUAAAGAUCAUUCAAACGCCGAUAGAUUGUUCGCUUUGAAUAUCGGUUUGAAAUUCUACACCCCCGAGGAGUAUUUCAUGAAAACCAAACCAGCACCCUUCCGAAUGCCUGAUUUCGAUCCGAGAAGUAUACAGAGUGAUACCGCCACAGUUUUCGACUUGAAUUUCGACUCCCCCAAUGUGAUUCUGUUAGUAGGGGGUCCGGGUUCGGGGAAAAGUCACUUCUGCAAGACGUUUCUCAUCCCCAAGGGCUACGUCCACAUAAAUCGAGAUACCCUAGGUUCCUGGCAGAAGUGCGUCAAACUCCUGGAGGAAUCAUUGAAGGACAAGAAGAACUGCGCGGUGGAUAACACGAACGUGGAUAGGGAGAGCAGGAAACGGUACUUGGAGGUCGCUGAGAAGUUCAAAGUGCAUUGUUUUUGUGUAGUUAUGGGGACUUCUUAUCAACAUUGUAAACACAAUUUGAAAUUCAGGGAAUUGACGGAUGAAAUUCACGAACCCGUCAAUGAGAUGGUACUCAACACGUUGAAGAAGAAUUUCGAGGUACCGGCGUUGGAGGAGGGGUUCAAACGAAUUGUGGAAGUGCCCUUUGUACCCAACUUCGUCAAUGAUGAAAUGGAGAAGAUUUAUAAGAUGUUUUUAUUGGAAAAAUGA